AAGUGUAAUAUUAAAAUGAAAGUAUAAUUUACUCUUUUCUUUAUUAUUUCACUCAACAUUUGGCUCCGUUCAUAGUUUAACAUGGCAGCGGCGCGGCGGGUGGUGUCGCGGUUGCGCGUCGCUCCGAUGAUGGCGCUCUCCAACACCAUGGCUACAUCCUUAUCUUCUAGCUGUAAUACCGAAACUCCAUCACUGAGUACCAAAUGUUUGAGGUUUAGUUCAUCAUCAUCACCUUCUUCAAAAUCAACAUUACUAGGGUGGAACAAAACAGCGAACAAAUUACCCUCCAUUGUAAAAGCCGGAGAACCAGUUCUACACGAGCCUGCGCGUGAGGUUGAUCCAAAUGAGAUUAAAUCAGAGAAAAUUCAGAGUAUAAUCGAUGACAUGAUUCGUGUCAUGAGAAAAGCUCCUGGAGUUGGUCUUGCUGCCCCACAAAUUGGUAUCCCUUUAAGGAUAAUUGUUUUGGAAGAUAAAGAAGAAUAUAUUAGUUACAACACAGAGGAGGAGACCAAAUUACAAGAUAGAAGACCUUUUGAUCUUUUGGUGAUUCUGAAUCCCAAGCUAAAGAACAAGAGCAACAGGACUGCCUUCUUUUUUGAAGGCUGCUUGAGUGUUGAUCGAUAUCAAGCUAUGGUAGAGCGGUAUCUUGAUGUUGAGGUUGCAGGUUUUGAUCGUCAUGGCAAUCCAAUCAAAAUAAAAGCUUCUGGAUGGCAGGCUCGGAUUUUACAGCACGAGUGCGAUCACUUAGAUGGAACACUAUAUGUAGAUAAGAUGGUCCCUAAAACUUUUAGAAAUUGGAAAAACGUGGAUCUGCCUCUUGCCCGUGGGUGCCCCAAACUUGGCCCCCGAGCUUAAAACUGGAGCUGACCCUGAUUCAAAACAAGUUUCAUGUACACAACAUUCGUGAAAAGUUGACAUUUGUAGACCUUAUACUGCAGUCAAGAACUGAUCCAUAAAGUUAGAAAUAUUGUGUCAGUUUGGGAAUUAGUAACUUUUCUCAAAUUCUUAGUAUUAUACUGUUGCAAUCUGCUAUACUUUCUGAUAAAUUCAUUAAAUAUAAGUUUCAAUAACAGGGAUAUUGAUUUUGCUUGGCUUUUCUCAAAUUGUAUGCUAACAAAUUUGAAGUAUAUCCCAUCAACAAGCUGAGCAUUUUCUUAUUGGCCCAUUCAGGUGGCUGUUUAUAACCCUUGCGUGCAUCUGCUGACUUUUUUUACACAAGUAAUUUUACGAAGACGCCGGAGAAUUCACCCUUAGAAUGCUAGAAUUCAGUAAAAAGUUACUUUAAAACCAUUCAGACAUGUUUUUUAAUUACUAUGCUUACAAUGCAAACAAGGUGCUGAAAACCGUGCUGCCUAUAUAUAUAAUUUUUUUUUAAAUUAAUAUAUUAAGCGGGGGUUACAAACCUCCGUAAUAUGUCUGAAAUGUCCCAAUUCUUUUC